UUCUCCCCACCUUGUUCCCAAAGUGCUGUCCCCACCUUCUCUUACCAGCACCCCCCUUUCCAGCGUGACCCCCCGGAUUAACUCGCCUUGACCAGGCUCCCCGGCGAAGUGAAACUGUCGAAUUCCCCAAAUGUGUUUUCCUCCUUCAUAAACUUGAGAUCUUCCCUCUUCCUACACAGCUCGCUUAAAUUUCUCCUGGCGUUUCUAACUUCCCUCUCUGCUGUUUUUAAUCCUGACCUGGCUCUCCACCUGUUGUAUCCCCUGGAAUGGGAAUUCUCUCACCUCCACCUCCUGACCUUGUUCCCAGGCAGUGCUGAAGAACUACGUUGUCUUCCGACCCCUUACAGGAGUUUGUUCUGCCCAAAAUUUCACAUACACCAGUUUACUCUUUCACUUUUAUCUUCCUGGUUGCCCUGUGGAUUUUAUGAAACGUUUCUUUCCUUCUGCAGUGUCUCAGUAAAAUAUUAUCUGGUGCACUGCCCUCAUUUGCCUCUUUUAUUCCAUUUGUUGCUGCUGGGUGCUGCUCUGGAACAGAAGGGAGGUGUGCUGGCAAUCUUAAAAUCCAUCAGGUUGCCCAACUGCACUUCAAUCUCAAGUUUCUUCCAUUUCGUUCUCAGCUACUUUUGUCUUCUGCCAUCCUUAGCCACUGCUUCAUUUCUGUCUCUCAGUAGAGUCUCCUGACAUAAACUUGGAUUUUGCCUCCUUUUAAGUUCUGCUUCCUUUAUUUCUGAUGUUUUUAAACUCCCAUGACUUUGCUUACAGAGCCCUGAACCAUCUCUUCUCCUUGUCUCUUUGUGUUUGGACUACUGCAGUUUACAGAAAUUGCUAUUUUAGGUUGUACUUGCAAGUCAUUUACUUCAAGGUUUCUUUUAUUUUGCUACUGUAAAUUUUUAUACUGUACACUUCUCACAGUCAAUAAUUUAAAAAAAUAAUUUAUCUGAGAAUUAUUUUCCUACUCCUUUGUGAUUGGACCAUGCCCUCCAUCAAAAGAUGUCCAAAGUUCCUGUCAAUAAGUUCAUUCUCACUUAUUCUAGUCUAAGCUACUCAUAUUUAGUCGAAUGGCCUGCCCUAACCGAUAUUCUCUGGCAGUAUUACAGGAAAUAGUUUUAGAUUACAAAUCCGUAUUUAUGCCAUGUAAGUUUUGUUUCUUCAUUUCUUCUACUUACUUAUUUUUGUGCCCUUCGGAAAAGAUAGCAUGGAAUCCUUGCUCUCCCGUUUGCAGUUUGUGCCUGUUAGAUUGCGCAGUUCCAGCCUUGUAAUACUAUUUGGAUUGGGGAAGCUGAUACUCCUGAUCAUUUUAUCGUUCAUUCACCUCUGUCCAACCUCUAAGGUCUAAUUCUACCAUCUCCCCUCAAAAGUAGUACACUCAAAAAUUAUUUUGAUUCUUCAGAGCCAGGUUCUGAGUGCUUUGUUCAGCGUUUACUCUUCGAUUUCAUUUUGUCGGGACUAUUGCUGGUUAUUUCUUCAGCUACAGUCUCCCUUCAGGCAGACUUAUGAAAAAAGAGUCGUACAAGCCUUUGUUUGAAUCCCUUGCAUCAUGGAUGUGUGAUGAGAGAAUCUAGGAUAUAUGAAUCCAAGCAAGUUCCAGUCCCCUGUAGCUUCUUGCCUGGCUUCCUGUUCAGCAAUGUGUAUGUGCCACAAAUGUCACACAGGAGUGAGAAGGAAAAGAGUUGCCCCUCAUCCUGUGUGAGAAGCACCUCUGGCAAACUCAGUCCUGUGCUGGAUCCAAAACCUUUUUUCCUUCAUGCUGUGUUUUAGGCGGAUACUGAGGCCUGCUCCUGGCAAUCCGAGGACAACAUGUCUAACUGUGCUGUGUCUGUUGUAGCACGUGCAAGAUGGGAAGGGAGGCUUCCAGGAGGACUGGUCACCCAAAGAUUUCUCUUUUGCAAGGGCAGUGCCUUUAAUCUGUGCCACCAGGGUUCCUAUGCUGAAUUUACACAAUUCAAUUCCUGGUGAAUUUAAACAACUAAAAAGUAAAGGAUGAAAAUCUUUGUAUCUGGAAGGAUCUCUCAGAGAGAUUUUCUGGAUUAGCCAGAGGUGGAGCCUCAUUUUACUGCAGAAACUACUGAUUUUCUUCAUAAUGUGGAUUUCAGACGAGGUGAACUGGAAGGGAGGAAAGGUGACUCUACCCCUGAGAUGUGUCAGUGGACUGCCGUGCUAGUCCAACACACUUCCAGGGUAUAUCAUCACCCUGUGAUUUCUCGCUUUCCCUCUACUGCCAGAAUCACACCAGCAAUUGGACUGCAGUAACAUGAGGGACUGUGAGGAGGGUGAAAGCUUCCGUGGUGAGACAACACGGUAUUUUGUGAGGCAGAGCCCCUGCCCUGGUGGUGCCCAGCAGUGCCUGUGACAGCAGAUCCAAACAUUGCUGCGGCACACACCAAAAAGCAGUUGGUCUAUAGCGGCAUCAAUAAGGCUCUGUCUAGUUCCAGGCAACAGACAUCAAAGAAAGAUGCAUACCAGAUUGCUGGAUGCCACAGAAAAAAAGGAGGAAAUAAGCAGAGAUUUAGAAAACAUGACUGAAGGGAAGUUUAUUUGAUCUAAAUGAAGGGGGGGGAAAUACUGAGUGAAAUCCUCAAGAAAACAAAAAAGUGGUGAAAAAGACAAAAAUUAAGCUGUUCUACUUGUCCUCAACAGAAAGAAUUAGAAAUAGUGGGUUUAAGUUGAAACAACGAAGAUUGAGGUCAAACAAUUAGAUAAGUUGCAGUUUGGGUGUAUAACUGUUGUGGGAGACUUGCCCUCUGUCAGGAGGGACGGGGGAAAGAAGGUUUGACCCCUUUACACCCCUGGAAGUCCUCUUUGCUGUAGCAGUAUGGCAGUGCCACUGUUUGGUUCAUGGCUUUUCUGUUGGGUUUGUUUGGUUGGUUGGUUGGCAUUUCUUUUUAGCCUCACUUGCCACUUCAGUGAAGCAGCCAAAUUAAUAGUGUAGAUCUCAGAUAUUUUAGGAAAUUGUUAUCAUCUUCAUCGUACACUUGAGGGAGAAGAUUAAAACCCAGAUGUGAGAGGAUAUUCUGGCAUUUGAUCCCUGUUGAUAGUUUUAAAAGUUGAACACCCAAUACUUGUACAGAUUUAGCACGUAAAAUGAUUUGCCCAAAAUCCCGCACAAAAUCCCCAAGGGGACUGGUAAUUCAACAAAUCUGCUGAUCCUCAGUUCAAGUCUGUUGUCACAAAAUCACGUGGAUGAAGUCUGUAAUAGCGUUUCCUUCCUAGCUCCUUGGGGCAAGGACAGAAUUUUCCGUUUUUAUUAACAUGCUGCAUAUGUUGGCUUGAUGUUAUAUGUUAAAUAUCCUUUUUCCAGACUUUGUUUCAACUUUGUGAUGUCUUCCCCUGAAAUUGCUUCCCUUUCUUGGGGUCAGAUGAAGGUGAAGGGCUGCUCUACAACAUAUAAGGACUGCAAAGUAUGGCCGGGAGGAAGCCGGACAUGGGACUGGCGAGAAACUGGGACUAAUCAUUCUCCAGGAGUGCAGCCCGCUGACCUUGAAGAAGUCGUCAAGAAGGGUGUUAAAACUGUGGUGAUUGGCCGUGGCAUGAGCGAGGCUUUGCAGGUUCCGGCAUCCACUGUGGACUAUCUGAAGGAGAAGGGGAUUGAUGUGCUGGUCUUGCAAACAGAGAAGGCCGUGGCAGAGUACAACACCCUGGCUGCUCAGGGUGUCAGAGUGGGGGGAGUCUUCCACUCUACCUGCUGAAGCCUUACAGCUCAUGCCGCCUCCCCUGACCGCAGCCAAAUCACGGACACACCUCUGCCGAAUCAAAUUACAGCCAACAGACUAGGAAUUUACGUGCCAAGGCAUUUGUGCACUGACGGUCUCAAAUGCAAGGAUGGUUCAUUAGUUCAGGAUUUAAACAAAUCGAGAGCUCACCAAAUGCGGCUGGGAAUUAAUUUAUUUAAUUACAGAAUAAUUUCCGUAUAUUUAAUUACAGAAUAAUUUCCGUAUAUUCUUGGGAUUGGCCUAACCUUCCUCUGAAGGCUGUCCAUAGUCUGGUUGCUUAACUUUUCUCCUAUUGACUGAAUCAGAAGAUUAUGUUUUGAAUACUUUUAUUAGAAAAUGUCCCAAAAUUACAUUAUUGGCUGUUGGAAUGCCGCCAUAAGAUAGUUGAUGAGCACAGUCAAGUGGUAGAUCUGAAGCAGUAAAGAAGCACUUUACCACCACUGGAUAAAGAAGUUAAAAAUAAAACAAAAUUAAAAAGUAAACCCAGAAUAUGCAACUUUGCCUUCUGCUGGUGACUUCAGUCGGGAUAUUUGCUCAUGCAUGAACAUUGCAUAUUGUGACACUUAAAUUUUACAUACUGAUCCUGAAAAAGAGGAAAACAUGUCUACAGGGUAUAAACAUAAAAUGUGGGCCCUAAAGAAUGUUCUUAUUAAUUGCCAGUUCUGAGGAUUGAGUUGUCCAAUACAUCUCUAUUCAGAAGUUCCUACGUGCUUAAAAUCACCUGAGAGAUGUGUUACAAAAUCUGAGUUUGCAGCAGCAUAAAACGUUGAUCUUUAGGAAAUCAGUCUAAAUUGCUGCUAGCGAGGUGCUGCUGGCAAGGUGGGGUUGGAUGCGAGAAUUGUUACUGGUUGUCAUUAUCUGAUGGUUUAAAUGCUGCGCCAACAAGCAUAUUAUUACACUGAAAAUUUAAAAAGUUCUCUUGGUUGCUGUUCUUGGUGGGCUUCUAUUAAUAUUAUAUUAGUAUUACCAGUUACAAGUUGCCUACUGUAGAUCUUUUUUUCCCACCAGGCUCACUAUUUCUUGUUCUGUGCAUAUUAAUUCUGUGUGUAGUAAUGAAAGUACAAAGACGACGCUGUACAAGCCCUGAGGCACUUGGUGCUACCCAGGCAGUAGCAGAGAGGCUUAGAUUGAUAUGAGAACACAGUGACCCUGCCCCAAGAUGCACAAAAUACUAUGUUCUUUUUCUGUUUAUUUGCUGUAGUAAUCAUUUAAAGCCUUUUAUGUCAUAAAAUACAAUGUGGCGCAAAAGUAAA